CUACAUGAGGAGGAGAAGCCCAAGUCCCUUACUCUGCUGUUGCCUCUCCAGUCCAGUCAAGCCAGGGUUCCCUUGAGCGAGGAGCUUCCUAUGUUGAGACCCAAAGGAAGGCACAUGCAGUCACUCAGCUACUAGAAAUUUGACUGUGCAGAGAGUGUGUAAAUCCAUAAGGGCAACAAUGAGUGUUCUCCCUGACCAGAUUCCUUUGGCCCCACUCAUGGACAAGGAAAUAUUUGGCACAGGGGUCAGUAUCAAAGAAGAACUCAGCGAAGAUGUCACCGAAGAAAUAGAUUUGAAAAUUAAGGAAGAAGCAUACGAUUAUGCAGAUGAAGCAACUGAUAUAGUGAGUGAAGUGAAAGUGAAAAAUGAAUUUCUUCCCUUCAGGGAUCUUCAAGACCUUAAAAAUGAGGCAAAUGAAAAAGACUCAUGUAAUUUUAAUGAGGAUUGCAGUACCUUGUCAAGAGUGCCAUUUGUAGCUGAGGAAAAGGAGGAAAAAUGCUCAUCAGGAGAGGAUCAGGCAAAACAUAAGGAAAAUCAUAAAGAUAUUGCACACAGAAAAUUGGAUAGGAAAAUGAAGUCUUUUGUAUGUAUAAUAUGUGGCAAAGCUUUCUACAGAAAAUCACAUAUAAAGGAUCAUAUGAGAGUACACACAAAAGAAAAGCCAUACAGCUGUGAAGUUUGCAGCAAAGUUUUCUCACACAAAUGUACUUUAGUAAAGCACAUAAGAGUCCAUACAAAGGAGAAACCAUGCAGCUGUGAGAUUUACAGUGAAGACUUCUCAAAUAAAUCAGGCUUAGUGAAAUGCAUAGGAUUACAUACAAAAGAGAAACCACAUACCUGUGACAUUUGCAAAAAAGCCUUCUCUAAAAAAAGCGAUCUAGUAAAGCACACGAGAGUACACACAAAGGAGAAACCAUAUAGCUGUGAGAUCUGCAAUAAAGACUUCUCAUAUAAAUCUGUCUUAGUGAAACAUAUUAGAGUACAUACAAAGGAGAAACCAUAUAUCUGUGACAUUUGCAAAAAAGCCUUCUCUGAGAAAGGUUCUCUAGUAAGUCACAUGAGAGCACAUACAAAGGAGAAACCAUAUAUCUGUGACAUUUGCAAAAAAGCGUUCUCUGAGAAGGGUUCUCUAGUAAGGCAUUUGAGGAUACAUACAAAGGAGAAACCAUAUAGCUGUGAGAUCUGCAAUAAGGACUUUUCAGAUAAAUCUGCCUUAGUACAACACAUAAGAGUGCAUACAAAGGAACGACCAUAUAGCUGUGAGAUUUGUAAAAAAGCCUUCUCUGUGAAAGGUUAUCUAGUAAGACAUUCGAGAGUACAUACAAAGGAGAAACCAUACAUCUGUGACAUUUGCAAAAAAACUUUUUCAGAGAAGGGUUCGCUAGUAAGACAUUUGAGGGUACAUACAAAGGAGAAACCAAAUAGCUGAGAGAUCUACUAAUAAAUCAGUCUUAGUGGAUCACAUAAGAGUACAUGCAAUGGAUAAGCCAUUUAUGUUUGGUUUCCGAUAAAACCUUAUGUCCAAAAUAUAUUCCUGCACUACAUAAGAAAGUACUUGCAAAGGAGCAAUGUGCCUGAGGAUUCUCCAAGAAAUAGGAUUUAGUGAUUAUGUGUGGGCAUGCAAAAUUGAAGCUAUAUAAGCAUUCUCUUGGAAAGAAAGAAUACUCUGAUGUACAUAAAAGUCAAAUGUAUGAGUUCUGUAGUUAUGCCUUCACCCAGAGUAGAAACUUCGUAGGGCACAUGAGAAUUAUCAAUAAAAAAAGACUUCCUCUUGACAUUAUUGUGGCAGAUGCAUCACAGAUUUUGAAGGUUCUCUUUUUCUGACUUUUGUUUUAUAUGAUAUUUCAAGUUAUUUGUAUUAUUACCUGUAUUUUAGUCUUCAUAGACUUAAUGUCACAUUGGGGAAAUCAAAUGACAGCCAUUAAUGCUAAUGGUGUUUCAAAAAGUUGCAACUCUUUCUAUUACAUAUAGCCACUAAUAUUGAGGUCAUGCAAAGGAAAACCACGCAGCUGUGAGAUUUACAGUGAAGAGUUCUCAAAUAAAUCAGGCUUUGUGAAAUGCAUAGGAUUACAUACAAAAGAGAAACCACAUACCUGUGACAUAGUGUUGUAACUUCUAUCCUGAUUUUUUUGUUACAGUUACAGGUAGAAACUACAGAAACUUGCAUCUAUCUGUAUGUACAUAUUUCUACCAUAUCUAUGCAUUAUUUCGUACUUUCCCAAUGCCAUGAGUAAUUACGUGGGAUGAAUGAAAGGCAUGAAUGAAAAUUAAUAUUUCUGUACUGCUAGAGUUGUGUUUAAAGCGUUUCAUUAUAUCUUGUGAUAUACAUGCGUACAUCUGAUGCAGAUGUGAUCAAAGUGCAUUAAAUGCAUCUGUUCCAAAAUGAAGAUAUCCAUUCUCAUUCAUAUCUUUUUUUAAUGUUUAUCACAAUGAACACUAGUACAUCAUAUCUUCAUUUACAUUUUGUUGACAACCAUCAUCAGCGUGUGUGAAGCAUUAGCCAAGAGCCAGUCCACAAGUGAUAAGCUAAUUGACUUCAUGUUAGGGAAAAAUUCAUCUUUGUGUCUUUUGUUAUUCUGUGAGGAAAAGCAGCAUCCAGCAGCCGUGUCGUCAUAUAUCCUUUUAAGGACAGGCACACCUAUGGCCAUUGGGCAAUGACGAUGUGUAUAUGCAUCACGAAUUGCGAGCAGAUGGGCCAAAUAUACACAACACACUCUUGCAUAAUGAUUACACCUUAGAAAAUUCUGGACCUAGCAUGGUAGGGAUAUAUACAUGUUUAUAUAAAUAUAUGUAUAUAUGUACUUAUAUAAGUAUACGUAUAUAUAUUUAUAUAAAUAUAUGUAUAUAUAUACUUUUAUAUGUAUGUAUGUG